AUGGCAUUUGAUGGCUUGACGGGCUCGGCAAACAACUCGUCCAGCGACGAACUGGCGAAUAUCCAUCUCGAUUUCGACACGCUCCUGUCCACCGAGCACGCGCUGAACCCAGGUCUUGGGCCAUAUGAGCCCUGCAUCCACGAUGACGCCUGUCUACACUUUACGCAACCUAGCAAAGCCCAGGCCAAGUCUCAAGGGAGCCUUGCGCAAACGCCGCCGGCGAGAUCAUCUCGGACUCUGGCCCGGAAUCAUCCCAGAAUCAACCGUGCCGAACAUGGCAGAGCAAAGAGCCAGGUGGACAGACCAUGCAACCUGGACCACAUUCAAGACUACUCGUGGGAAAACAUGUUCAACGAGAAUGCUCUGAAUGCGUAUAGCAUGCAGACACAUGGUGGUCUUGGCGUUUGCCAGGAUGAUGACUGUGUGUCCGUGUCUUGCAGUUCCGCCUGCGAGGGCAGCUGUCCCAGCCAGUGCGGCGAGACUAGCCAUGCCGUUUGUUGCGAUGAUGACGCCUGUGCAAGCCCAAAUCUUUGCGUCGACGAGCAUUGCAAAGCAGCAAGCCAGCCUUGCACUGAUGAAAAUUGCGUCGUGGACUCAUCUCUCAGCCAGCGACAACCGCAUCAUUCGCCUGCCAUAAGCGAUGGCGACAAGGCAGCGGCAGCUGCGCUGGCAUCGUUUGGUGGCAAUAACUUAGAAGCCGUUCAAAACGGCUUCGCUCAGCAGCCGCAGCACACUUCAACAUCUAGAGAUGGGCUCGUCAACUUCGAAAAUCUGCCACAUAGCUUGCCGUGUGGUAGUCUUUCCAUGGACGCCAUCUUCGCCAACAUGAACGGUCAUCCAAGCUUCCCAAAUCAGCCACUUCAAAUGGCUUUUGAGUACGCUCUGGCAAGCCAUAUAAUGCAGCAUCACGACCCGUCUCAUGGGCUCGCGAAUCAUGGAUCCUGCGUGGCCAACGACCCCAGUCAGUUGAUCACAAGAUGUACCUUGCCAAAGUUCACCCCCAGUGGCAUGACCAGCACGGAUCCAUUUCUGCCUCAACUACAGCCUCACGAAUGUGGCUUUCAAGUCCAGGACCCUAACGAAUUCGCCCACCACAUCUUCCAAGAGCAUAGGCCCAUGUUGAUGACGCAGGCAAAUCCAUAUGGGUUUCCUGACUCUUCCCACACCCAUGGGCACUUGACCAGCCCAACUUCUCACCAACACCAGAGCAUUAAUGGCCCCUAUUUUAACUAUAAUGCAGCAACUGCCUCGAAAGAUUUCUCUCCAUCCAUGUCGCCAUUGACAAGUCUGUCCAUGGGGCCUUCGUUAUCUGCAACUCCAGUGUCAUUGCCGACGCCGUCUCCUCUGGACUACGAACAAUCCCUUCCAGGCGUCACGUCUACUGCCGAUGCUGCGAGUACAUCGACCGAAACAGAGCCUCAGGCCAUGACACAGGAAGACCAGCUUAUGUGCCGGUGGCUGCUGAAAUAUGACGACCGUAUUUGCGGGCAACGCUUUGAGAAUGAUGAGCAGUUACAAAGACACUGCAAGCAUGACCACUUGAAGCAGUUGAAGAAGGUUAAUGGUGGCUUCAGAUGUGGCUGGGCCAACUGCACACGGAACACUUGCUUCACUCAACGGAGUAAAGUUGAGCGGCACUUGCAGGUCCAUACUGGGUACAAACCCGUUCAAUGUACCAUUUGUGGAGCCGCCCUGUCAGCAAAACAGGCUCUCGACCAACACAUGAGGAUUCACACCGGAGAAACGCCAUGGGUCUGCAAGUACCCCGGCUGUGACUGCGCCUUUAAGCAACAAAGUGCUCUUACUAUGCAUGAGCGGACGCAUACUGGUGACAAGCCCUUAGAAUGCGAGAUUUGCGGCAAGCGGUUCAGCGAGUCGUCAAACCUAUCCAAGCACCGACGAACCCACAAUGUCAAGGGUAUGCACGAGUGCCAGCUCUGUGGCAAAGAUUUUCACAGGCUUGAUCAAUUACGUCGUCAUAUGGGGACAACUCAUAAGGACAGACCCGCCGAGGUUGACGCUCUCUUGAGCGAAGCCAAAGGCAAGAUCAAGGCGAAUAAGGUGUCCAAACUGAAGAAAGUCAAAGUCAAGGGUAUGGACGGUAAGGCCAAGCCUGAACUAUUACUAGAUCUGGACGAUGACGCCAAUUCCAUGGACAUGAUUGAAGAGCCCAUACCAGUCGCUAUUCAGCGAUGA